UACUGUCGCUUUGUGCAUUUGUAUUUGGCCUUGCACCCGUCUCUUCGUUACAGCCAUAGCUAUAUCACGACAUGGAUACAGAAAACGUGGCAUGUGCGGCACUGCCGUCCAACGCAGUCGAACAAGAGGUAAGCGGUCCGGGAGGGGUGAAGCACCCGAUGAGCGACAGCCAGUUGCCGCCUCUGUCUUCCACUUUGCCGCACAGCCUAGAGUCGAUGUCCUCUCCCAAGCGAUCGGACAGCGAACGAGCCUCGGCGCAGCUGGAAGAAGGGAUUGGUAUCCCGACCGAUCAAUCGGAACCGAUGAGUGGCGACGGAGGCAAGGCUGGCAGACAGCAUGAGGGUGCGGCGGUUGAUGGUGCCGAGGAGGAAGGGAGAGGUGGUGGAUUGCCGCUGUUCCACGCUGAUGAGGGCAGCAGGUCGCAAACGGGGACUCCGUGUCGGGAUCUCCUCCCCUCACAACGUGUCAACGCUACCACUUGCGAGCAGCAGCAGCAGAAUGUGCCGAGGCGACAGACUGUGCCUCCCUCUCCUUCCGCCCUUCCAGUGCCGCCUCCGUCGUUCCGCUUCUCUCUCCCACCUCUCCCACCUCUCCCUUUUCCUCUCUCUUCAGCGUCCAGGGACGACGGCAUAGCGGCGGGCUCUCUCGAGCGUCUUCGCGAGAGGAGAGAGAGAGAGAGGGAGCCAGGCUCUUGGGCUGGUUACGCGAAUGCGGCCGGGAUCGGGGCCGCAAUUGGACCGAUGAUGAUGCCUACCCGGGCGGCGACCAACCUACCUUCACCGUCUCAGAGUCUGUUGCUUAGCGGUGCCAGACGGAAAUGGCGUUCAGACAUAAACAAGAGGGAAUACGAUUUCUGCCAGCUGCUCGGCGCGCUGCAGCAGGAGAUCGUUGCCGCCAUAGCUGACAAGGAUGCGGAGCGCUCUCUGCAGUUGGCCGAGAAGGCGUCCAGAUUGCUAUCUGCUCGCAAACGCGUCAUUGACAUCGCAGAUGGGAGGGGAUGGUCUUGCGCCGAGCUGUUCGAAAGAUACACGUUGGCGGAGUUGUCGGGGAACGAAGAGGAGAAGAGGAGGAUCGUGAGCGAGGAGGAAUUCAUAAAGAGGAGUUCCAAACUGUUAACAGGGAGAAGAAGAGGCGGCGAGAGGAAGAGGACAGCCAUAGCCAGACCUCCAACGGCGAAGCGCUCUAAGAUCAUCUAGAUUUGGACGGGUGGGAGUUUUCUUCGUUGUCACGAGGCUCGCGCCUUGCGCCG